AUGAAAGAAUUUAAUCUUGAAGAUGAGAAAUGGUUUAAAGAUAUUUUUGAAAAUAAGGAAGCAUGGGUACCUGCAUAUUUCAAUGAUUUUCCAAGGUGUGGGUUGAUGAAGACAACAUCAAGGUCUGAUAAUACAAAUUCAUUUUUCAAUACAUAUUCAGAAACUAAAAAUUUCUUUCAAAAUUUCAUGAUGAAUUAUGAAGCUACCAUUAAAAAACAAUGUUAUACAGAACGUGAACUUGAUCAUAAAACCAAGGGAGCAAAGUAUUAUUGGAGGUCACCACAUAUGAUAGAACAACAUGCAACAAAGGUGUAUACUAGCAAAGUUUUUUUUGAAAUUCAAAAGGAGAUUUAUAAAGGAGGUUGGUUUUGUGAGGUUAAAGAUUUAGGGGAGGGAGAUGGAUGGGAAAUUUUUAAAGUUAUUCAUAAGAACCAAAAACACGAAGUAAAAGCAACAUAUAAGGUGGAACUAAAAUAUGAUGAAAAAGGAGUUAGUUGCACCUAUGGACAUUUUAAUCGGUUUGGUAUUCUCUGUAGACAUGCUUUUAAAGUAUUGAUGGACAAAAAUUUUAAUGAAAUACCGAAACAAUAUAUUCUUAGCCGAUGGACAAAUGAUGUAAUAUCUUUGAAUUAUCAGUUGUCGAGAGAUCGUUUUGAUGAAGAGGAUGAAGAAGUUACCAAACUUGUUAAUGAAGUAUUUUUGAAUGUUGAAACUACUUUAGACAUUGUGAGACAUGAUAAGCAGAAGUUAGCAUUUUUGGCGGAAAAAACAGAAAUUUUGUUGAAUGAGGUGAAGAGUAAUUGUUCAUGUGAAAAGCCUAUUACAAAUUCGGAUAUCCUUGAAAAACUUUACAAUGUUACUAUUCCAGAAGAAGUCGAGAUUUUUGUUCCAGAAGUUCAUCAUAAUAAAAUAUCACGAAAGAAGAGGCUUAUUGGUGAAGUUGAAAAAAGCAUUUAUGAAUGCUCAAACGAAGAACAAAAAAUGUUCACUAUAUGGUACAAGAGAACCACACAAUAG